AUGUUACCAUUAAUACCAUUGUAUCAAUCUUUAUCAUUUUCUCGAUCUUUCAUGUUGACUGGAUGGCAUUAUACAUUUGCUAUUCAGCGUUAUUCAUCAUCAAUCCGUCCACCGACACCUCCCUAUUCGGCCGGUGCAGUCACUCAAACAUUUGAUACAAUGAUCGAUUUUCGACGUCAACAAGCAAGACGAACAGUGCUUAUUCAUCUCGGUCGAAGUCAUUCCGAAUCGGAGUUGUACAAAUUGUGUUCACGAGUUGGUCCAAUCACAAAUAUGACACUUUAUACAGCUAAUAAAAAGGAAUGUGCUUUACUCGAGUUUUCCACUGAACAAAGUGUCAAACAUCUUCUAAAGAUUACCAGUCAUUUUACUAAUGAAAAUCGAUUACCAUGUGCAUCACGAAAUCUUUAUUUUGCAUCUCAAUAUACAGGUGCACGAUUAAAAUAUCCACCUGUUGGUCGUGAAGUUCAACAACUUGAUGAUUCAAUUAUUGAUAAAUCUUUAAAUGAUAUUCGUAACGUAAGUGAUCAAAUUCGUUAUUUUUGGCAAAAGACAAAAUUAACUGAACUUGAUACUCGUCUACGUUUUUUUGUUGCCUCACUUGUUGAAGAAGCAUUAAGAAGUAUUUUUGUUGAUACUGUUUGUCUUCCAUUCGGUUCAUCUGUAACUACUUUUGGAAAAUCUCGUUGUGAUCUUGACAUGUUAUUAUCAUUUGAAGAUUUUCGAGAUAAAAAUAAUCAAAUAAAAUUUGAUGGAAAAUUGCAACAACUUCGGUUUUUAACCAAGCGUAGCUAUUUGAAUGAUCGAUUUCAAGCACAAGCAUAUCUCAAAAUUCUUGCUGAUACAUUAAAACAUUUCAUGGCUGAAUGUACUAAUGUACAAAUAAUUCUUCCAGCACGUGUACCUAUUGUACGUUUUCAACAUCGAUUAUCUGAUCUUCAAUGUGAUGUAUCAAUGAGUGAAUUUAAAUCUUCAUAUUAUAUGUCAAAGUUAUUAUGGGGUUUAAGUUCAAUCGAUAGUCGUGUUGCACCACUUGUUUUCGUUAUUCGACGUUGGGCACGUGAAGCUUCCAUAACACAGAGUACACCUGGACCAUGGUUUUCAAAUUUCCAAAUGACAUUACUUGUUCUUUUCUAUCUACAAUCAAUUAGAAUUUUGCCUAAACUUAAUUAUAUUAAUGAACAAUCUGUCACAACACCAUCAUCAUCACCAUCUCAGGAUGCAACUUCAACCAAUGGUAACUAUAUAGUUGAUAAACGAAAAAUAAAUUAA